GAUAGGGAGUCUCUUGAAAAUGCUGGUUUUAUUUCAUUUUGAAAAAGAUGCAAAGUCAUUGCAAAGCACUCUUUAUGAUCUGCUCAAGCUCCUGGAAAAAUCAACUUCUGAUAUUUGGCCCAAGACUGAUGAUAACCCUGUACCUCAAACGUUUGGUCCCCAAGCAACAUCAAACACAAUCGCUGCCGCAAUGAUGAAAGCCCCCUUGCAAACAUCCACAAAGCAAGCUGAUCUGGCGCUGUUUGUGCCUCCUAAUUUGGCAAAAGAUGACAAGUGGAGAAUGCACCAAUUGGAAUCAAGCUCAAACAAAUUGACAAAUGAAAGAACUUGACUUGAGUGAUCCUCUUCAAUCUUCUUGGUGCAUAAGGAUGCAACAGGUCUUUGUGUUACCCAUGCUUUCUUUGCUGUUUCCUAUGUGAUAUGGUGAUUUUUCAAUUCAGAUAAGACAGUCUUCUUCACAUAGUUUUCAAUGCAGUGUUUGGUAUAUUGUUUUGCUCCGUUUGAAACAUGUCACCUCAAAUAACAACA